AUGAAAUGAUCCGGAAGACGUCGUACGUGACGCGACGCAAUCAUCAAACAUGGCUGACGAAGAAAACACAAACAUGGAAGUCAAUAAGGAAAAGAAUAAACCUUUUGCAAACACAGAAAAGCAACUCGUUGACGAGGUUACCCAAAGAAUAGGCAGUCACAAGAAUGUCGAGGGCAAGAAAGACGCCGGUGAGAGCCGCUCCACGACGGAGUACUGCGAGAAGCUGCAGGGGUGGAUGUGGCAGUACUACACUGGGUAUAUGAACUGGCAGAGCUGGAUGGCAGCGUCAGCCAUGUCCUACCCGUAUUAUUUACAGUCGGACAGUGGGACCUCGACGACACCGCUUGAUAUCAACUCCCACAGCUGGUAUACCGGUGCGUUUGGUCUUCCGCUGUCGCCUUAUCCAUCUGCUGUCACCUCCCAAAGCAGCCGGGCAGGUGAAGCCGCUGGCGGGGGUGCGGUGGCCGCUCAGCCGCAGCAGCAGCAGCCGCAGGAGAAUGGAAAUGCACAGAGACCAGGUCGGGAGUACAGCAUUCCCUCACCUCUCCAAAGACUCCUGGCCGAGAUGGUGGAUUUCUUCAUUCUGUUUUUCAUCAAAGCAACCAUAAUCAUCAGUAUUAUGCAUCUAAGUGGAAUCAAGGAUGUUUCAAAAUUUGCCAUGCAUUUCAUAGUGGAGGAAAUAGAUGAGGACACGUCGAUGGAGGAGCUACAGAAAAUGAUGCUUGUUGCACUUGUGUACCGGAUAUUAGUGUGUUUUUAUGAGAUUGUGUGCAUUUGGGGAGCAGGAGGAGCCACUCCAGGGAAGUUUCUCGUCGGACUCAGAGUUGUCACGUGUGACUCAUCAGUUCUGGUUCAGCCUAACAGGGUGCUUGUAGUGCCAGCAACUAAUGUGUCCCUCUCUGCAUCAACUGUCCGGGCCUUGAACAAGAACUUUUCAAUUGCCUUCUUUUUCCCGGCCUUCAUCACACUUCUGUUCUUCCAGCACAACAGGACUGUGUAUGAUAUGGUAGCUGGUACAAUUGUCGUGAAGCGCUCUAGGAUCAGAUGACGUAGAAGGACCUAGAAGAGAGUCCUACAGUAACGCUGAGCAGGCACCGUGUGUGUGUUUCUUUAAAUGCCUGCAGAACUCAGACUUCAGCCUUUCAAGGUAUCGUCAGAACACGCAGGAGCAUUAAGACGGUCGCAGCGAGUUUGAUACACAUCAGUAUGAACUAUUUCAGUUCCCAACAACUCGGGUUUGGUUUGUCUCAGACACAUACUGUAUCUCUGCAUGUAUUUCGACAUGCUGCUUUCAGAAACUGUUCCUGUGCCAAAUGUAUGUCUCCUUUUGAAGACAGGGAUGAUGAUGGUAUUUUCCAGAAUUUCAAUAACACAACAUUUGCCUCUUUUUAAAUACUAAUCUUCCAGAUUAAGGGUGAAUGUCUCGUAUCACAAGUAUUAAAGUUGCUAUUCAUGCAUUCUUGAGAUUAAACCUUCAGUAUCUCUUUAUAUUUAAAACUUUGUCUUAAGAUUUCGAUGCUCAGACCUUUUAACUUUAAGUCGCUGACCUUCAUCACUGCAGGAGUAAUGGAUCAUGAUUGGCUUUUGCAGCUGCUGAAUUCUAAGGCACAUUCAAAUGUAUUGAAAGGAAACGUGAACCUGAUCACAAUCGCUCUUCCUUCACUCUGACAGCAUGUGUGUGAUUGAAAAGUUAAUGUAUGACACAUUUUAUGUGAUUAACAGGUUUUUGCAUUCAAGAAAAUUAAAUGAAAUCCCCACUAUUUACCUGCAUGUUUGAGAUGUCUGUCUUUUACAAGCUUUUGAUACUAAUUAAGUGGCCUCGAUAUGGUCAUUUGUACGUUUUCCAUGUAGUAUGCCACAGUAAAAUUUUGUUUAAAUUGCUCUUUACUUCCACAGUAAGAAUUCGUGAAGAUAUUCCAGUCUAAUUUCUUUAAGAAAAUACAAUGCAUUGGUGUUUUUUCUCCCAGUUAAAUAUGUCACAAUAAAUUAACCUGAUUAUUAAUUGAUUAUUUGCUCUGUUGUGAGAAGCUGAAAUUAUAAAAGAUUAUGUAUUACAAACCCAGUGAUCACAUUCUUCCAAGUUACAGGACUUUGGCUCCACCUAGUGUAUAUUUAUUGGUCAUACAGGCAUCUCUCUGCCUGUGUUGAUGCAUCAUGCAGAAUAAGCCCUCAGCACUGUCACCUGCAUGAAAUAUUUUUAAACUAAAAUCUGAUCCUGAUUUAGCAUCACAGAAAGUUAAUCACAUUCAACCAUCUGCCCAGAAAACUAAUCAUUUUCUAUUAAAUCGAGGCCCAACCUGAAUCAACUAAUUUCAAGACACAUCUCCCAUCUUUUGACUUUUCUGGCAUGUCACCUGUACUCGGAGAGAACCGUUGAAGCUCCAAUUGUUGGCAAAGGGGUGACGUGGUGAUUGUGUUAGACCCACUAAGUGGCAGCUUCGGCUGACAGCCGCAGAUGGUACUCCCAGAUUACUGAGCAAGCCCCCCUCCGCAUGCUGCUGCCAUGCACUGUGCCAUUACUGUAGGCAACCGAAUAAUAUAACUCAUGGUUGUGAAGGGCUUUACUGAGGAAGAGAAAAGUGUGGGCAGACACUUCCCACAACCAUUACUGCGCUGUAUACUGAUGAGUGAGAGUGUGGCUUUAUUUGGAGUUGAGGCAUGUUUGUAAUCUAUUUUUAUAUCGACAUGCUCUGGCUUGUAUCCAAAGGGAAUGUGCAGGAGGAAGAUUUCAGAAAAGCUCAAGGGAACAAUUAUUACUAUAAUUUACGACAGACCUUUGUGUGAAACCACUUAAUGUUGCAAUAAACCUCACAGCCCCUGCAGUGAAUUAACAAAUAUCAAUCAGUUAUUAUUAAAAACCCUAAUAAUGUGUUUAAAUCACAGCAGGGAUCAUCCUUGUGUCUAUGAAUAGGAAUCCUAAUGUGACAGUAAUGAUGGCAGCGCUGAGAAGUGAUUACUGCUAUUGCCACUGACUGUAAAAAUAAAUGGGAGGUCCAUCCAUCAAA